GUGGUAUCCACACACAUACAUACACUUAAUUAUUACACAAAUCAAGGAAGAAAAGUAUUAAAUAAAAAAAGAUUGGAUUGAAGCGCAAGUAAUCUAAGCUAUCAAGAAAAAUGUUUGCAUCCAAAUCUGAGUAUGACCGCGGUGUAAACACUUUCAGCCCGGAGGGUCGCAUCUUCCAAAUCGAAUACGCGAUCGAAGCGAUUAAGCUGGGAAGCACGAGCUUGGGCAUUCAGACCCCGGAGGGGAUCGUCCUCGCUGCCGAAAAGCGAGUGCCGUCUACUCUUGUAGUACCGUCGACGAUGAAUAAAAUCCUUGAGAUCGACCAUCACAUCGCCGCGGUGAUGAGCGGCAUGGUGGCGGACGCGCGUAUUCUCGUCGAGCACGCGCGUGUGGAGGCGCAGAACCACCGCUUCACCUUCAACGAGCCCAUGCGGGUGGAGAGCUGCACGCUCGCGACGUGCGACCUUUCUAUCCAAUUCGGCGAGCACAGCGGGAAGAAAAAACUCAUGUCGCGUCCGUUUGGCGUCUCGCUUUUGAUCGGCGGCGUCGACGAGAUAGGGCCUCAGCUUUGGCAAACCGAUCCGAGUGGAACGUACACCCAGUACGAGGCUCAGGCGAUCGGCGGGGGUGCGGAAGCCGCACAGGCCGUUUUCGCCGAACGCUACCACCGUAACAUGACGUUGAUCGAGGCAGAAAACUUGUGUGUGGACAUUCUUAAGCAGGUGAUGGAGGAUAAGCUGACGAAGGAUAAUAUCGAGGUAGCAACGAUUCGCGUUGACGACGGGAAGCUUCACAUUUACGAUCCAUCCACUAUCAAAGUCAUUAUCGACCGUCUUCCAGAAUAGAAGAGUGCGAUCUAAAUGGUUGAAGGAGGCCAAAGCAAAACGCCUUUAGAGAGGGGGGAUGGAAUGAGAGAAAAAAAAGAUGAAAUAUCGAUCAAGAAUGGAAGGGCUAGCACUAUUAUUAUUAUUGUUGUUAUUUGAAACGGAUCACUAAUUUCCCUCUCUGCGAAGGUUUAAUAUGACUUUUGAUUUUAUUAUUAUCAUUAUUUUCGGAUUGUCUUCUA